AUGUUUUCUUCAUUGCGUCUUCUCUCCCGUUCCGUGUGGAAAGGGCCUAAUGUGGUGCCUCUGCCCAUCAAAGAAGCACUAGCAAAGGGCACUCCCAUAAGGACGAACGCUCGGUCAGCAACGGUUCUGCCGCAGUUCGUGGGGCUAAAGUUUCAAGUGCAUAACGGUAAGGACUACGUUGCAUUUGAGAUUACGGAGGACAUGGUUGGCAGCAAGCUGGGCGAGUUUGCACCUACGCGGAAGAGAUUCAGUUACACACAGACCAAGAACAAGUGA